UUAUUUUGUCGUUAUAUUGUGUACCUGCGAUGACUGGCUGACAUAUGACAGCUAAUCAGGAAGUUCAUGGCUUUACCUAGUGACACUUUUAAUCAUGCUGAAGUGGACUAGAAAGGAGUCUGUCAAAAGUAAGCCGAUGAGUUCAAACCCUCGUAAGGGGGCGGCCCCUCCCCCUCCACAGGGGGGUGGGGUCUCGGUAACGUCCCAGGCCCCUACCCAGGGCUCCGAGGUUGAAAUCAAGUCUGCUCCAGCCCUACACAAGCAGAAUGGGAGUGUUCGCGAUUCUCUGACGUACAGUGGAGAGCAUGAAGAUUAUGAGAACAUGAAUGAAGUGAAUGAAGACACAAUCGUGGAGCUGAACGUAAUUUUGCCUAAUGGAAAGUCGACGGGCAUGGAGGUGGACGCAAACAUUCCCAUGAUUGACCUACUAGUGCACCUGGCGGGUAGAGCUCGACUCAACCCUGCCGGCCACAAACUGGUCAUCGUCAACGAGGAAACGGGCAGAAACGUUGAUUACAAGGCCAAUCAAACGGUCGGCUCACUCAGGAUUAACACCAUCCACCUGGUGGAUAAGAAAGCAGUCAACGAGAAAAAUAAAAAGAAUGUACACAUCAAUCCUACGACGAAAAAGGAGCAGCCGUUUGAGAUGACGUACCGACUUACAAUAAACUUACCCAGGAACCAAAAAUCUGUGAUAAGGAUAAACCCAAAGACUCCACUUCACCAGUUAUUCAGAACAGUGUGCGAAGACAAGAAUAUUGAUCCCACGAGGUACACAUUUCAACAUCCCGCCAAGCCGGAUCACCCUCUGGAUCCUCACAUGACCGUUGGUGACCUCAACUCUAAUGAGAUUAACUUGGUGCCAGCCAGCUUGAACAAGGCCAAACGGUCACGUUCAUUUCUUGCACCAGUACCUGACCAGGCGCAGUCGAUGCCGGACUUACGACGAACGGAGUCAUCACGUGUGGCCGUUCACGAUCAGUCCAUGCCCACUUAUAUGCCAGGAUCUGGACCAAGAGAAGAAAAAGAGCAGAAUUUUUUCAUUUUUCAAAGGAAAAGAAAUAUAAAACAAUUUUGUCCAGCCACACGCCCUUAUGUUAAUCCUGCCCCAACAGUAUUCAGUGUGUCAGAAACAAGAACGCCCAAGACGAUGUACGCCGGGAUGCCACCCGAGGAGAAUGGACACAUCCAAACACGGUCGGUUAGCAACGGACAGCUUCCCCAAGGGAUGACCUCCACACCCACUUCAUCACAAACUCUGGAUCGUCCUGCUAAGAAACCCAUGGUGGCCUCCCCUCCAAGCCAGACUGGAGACAUGGCAUCGCACACCCUACCUAAACCCACCAGUGUUAAGUCGCCACAGAGAGGCCAUGGGAAGAAAAGACAUGCCCCACCCCCACCCCAGCAAGCCCCAACCCCUCCCCAGAGCUCAUCCGCACCUCAGCCAUCCCCAUCCGCAUCUCCUUCCCAACCUCAUGCCCCUAGUGUUCCAGCUCAUGCCCCUACCCCAUCUGCUCAGACCUCACUCACACCCACCUCAUCUUCACCAGCGACAGAACGUGCUAAAACAGUUGACCAUUCACCGGAAGUCAAGAGCAAGUCCAAAGCACAAAAUAACGUACCAGUUUCUGCAUCACAAGAACACAUUAGCAGGCCAGAGGCUGCCAAUGUCUCUGUGGCCGCAAAGGAAGUAACUGAAAAUGAGAAACCUGAGGCCGAAGCUUCUUCGGUUGUUGGCGUGCAGAAGGAGAUAUCUGUCAGCGUUGAAACUGACGCCAACAAAAGACCCCAUGAGCAUUCGCGGACAAGUUCAGACUCCAGUGGUUACCACGAGGCUACGCUAAGCGGACCUGUCCCGGAGGCCAACAGACUAUCCUCCUCUCUGCAGUACAAUAAAGACAACAGCAUGGACACAGAGUCUAUAGAGAGCGCCGACCCCCACCCCCGAGAAUUCGCCACGUUGCCGCGCCACCGUGUGGACAAGAAGGCCAAGGAGGAGAAGGAAGCUAAGGAGGGCUUGCAGCGUAGUCAUUCCCUGGAGAAGGAGAACAAGGUUGCUCCUCAGAGGCGCAGAAAGGCUCCUGCACCACCCCCACCUGCGAUAAGUUACAUCUAUGUGCCUGUAGCACUUGAAGUCUUUUGUAAACAAAAGCUUUUAUAUUUUAAAGAUAGAGGAUGUGAUUCACCUCCUAAAGGGGAGCGUAGUAAUGGGUCAUCGGCUGCCAGCACCCCACCAUCCGCGAGAGCUCCAUCAAGGGAGACCAUCCAGGCCAAAACACACAGAAGUGAGGGCAAAGAGGAUAGGUCAUCCAAGGUAAAUGACCUCAGAUCUCAGCCAGAGCCAGUGAAGAGGGAACUUGAUGUGGUUAUGACUGAGGAGGCAAAGAUCGAUGCUGUUAAUCCUGAGACAAGGGAGACAACUCAACCAAACAUUGACCUACAACGCAGACCUUCACGUGCGGACCCGCCAUUGUUUAUAGCACCACCUCCUCCUGACACCCCUCCCCCUGACACCCCUCCACCCCCGGAUACGUCCUACCAAAAUGCCGCCUUACAAACCGAAGAAAAAGCACCUGAAAUAGUGAAUGAGCCGACGACCGCUGAAGAAGGCGGAUUUAAUACCUCCUUGACAUCAGAAGGGGCAGAGCUAAAUAACUCGUUGACAGCUGACAGUAUUACCAGUCUGAAGAGUUCACCAGGGAGCACGCAAAGUCGGAGUGAAAGCCGUGCCAGCAAAACCUCCAUAUCAACCAUCGAUGACGUCAACCUAGCCUUCGAUGAAACAAUUGCUUUGGCAGAAGAGGUGUUGGGAAAAUCCAGUGAAGGUAUCGGUGUUGAGUAUAAGGGAGCUAACCAUGUCAGAACUACUACCAGGGUCUGGGUGUGGUACCAUUGUACAGUUCUUCUUCAACCAAUUUUACAUACAGCACAAAAUUACUUCAGAUUUGUGUUACAAAGUCACAAUUAUCACUUGUUUUCUGGUCGCUGUUUUUUUUUUGUGCUUCUCUUCUAUGUCUUGAAAUAUUUGACUGAAAUAUUUGAAAAAUCUUCACCUUUGUUCUAUUUUAAUAAUGACAUAUUUUCAGAAGAUGAAGGCCAGUCACCAGUGAACCGAUUAUGUGAAAAUGAAGACACAGCUAGAGGGUCACCACGAGACAGUAUAGAGGUCAGAUCAGAUAGAGGUAGCCAUGAUGAUGUGUUCAACCAGAAUUUCAGACAAGAGACGUCCAGACAUGAGGCCAGCACUGUUUCAGACAGGCUGGUAGUUUCAAGCUCCUCUGAAGUUCAUCGACAAUCAGAUCCCAGCGUCUCAGAAAUUACGUAUGAUUUCAAAGUUGAUGCUGUCCCUCCUGGUUUUACAGGAGACUCUAUUACGCGGCAGUCCACAUCCGAAGAGGAAGAAGAAAUCACAAUUAUCGAGGAGGAAAUCGUGUUCACGGGGCCGUCUGCUUUGAUACAAAGCUAUAAAGAUGAUGCCAAGAAAGAGCAUGAGUGGCAAAAGGAUCUGGAUAAAAACAUUACUGAAAGCAUGGGGGUUCCUGGAGCGACUGUACCUAACUGGGACACAAGUGCGGAACCUGAACCGCGGGAGAACAGUAUCGUCCAUGCCAAAAUGGUCAUGGUGGAACCCGAGAGAGAAGCUGAGACACAUUCUCAGCCAGAAGUAGGACGCAUUAGGUCUUCAGCUUUGGAGAGUGAAGGAUCUAGACAUGCAGAGGUACAAGUGGAAAGGCCGCCAAGUCCCGUUGUGGCUCAGAGUGAGAAAGACACCGAGAAAACCGUUGUGAAUGGAUACGAUGAUGACGAUGCCAAGCGUAGCACGAUAUUGCGAUACGUGCGUAGUGAGGCAGACCGUACUCGAGCCAGAAGAGAGCCUAAAGAAACCGGAAAGAAGGAAGAAUUUAUCUUCUCUAAAGAAGACUUGAACAAAAUUGACUUUUUAGGAGGUCGCAAACCUAAGAAACCGGCAGUUCGUCUGCCAGUUUCAGCGACACCAGUGAUCAGGUCAAGUGCCAGUAGUGCUCAUACAGCACCAAUUGUUGAAAGCCGAAGCAACACAGCUGCACACCAGCACAGUCUGGGUGUGGCCAAGCCCUCCAAGUCCUUCAUGGUUCCUCAGCCCUACAGGCAGCCGUCUGGCCGCUCAGACAGGAGUGGCCUGGAGAAUUCCCUGUACAGAUCUACUUCAGAAGAAUCACCCAGAGAAAGACAAAGUGGUUUGUCGCAAGGAGGAAGUAAUAAAGCCAACAUUCGCUCAGACAUGAACUUUCCAGCGACUACCGAAAGCGAAGUGGAGAAUGUGCUAGAGGAGAAGUCUAUCUCAAUGAUUGCUCUGCCAGCUAUGAGGGUAUCAUCUUCAUCCUCUGAUCGUCACACAACUUCCAUGUCUUCCACCGAGGCUGAAGGUCAAGGUCUGAGGAAGACCUCCACGUCCAGCGUUCGUCUUUCCAACACAGCGAGAUCAGACUCUCCCACCUCCUCUUCCACUCUCUCCUCUUCCACCCACACCCACAACGGCUUUGCUUCACAAUCAUCGUCAAAGGACCAAGCAAGCUCCACCCCUGUCCCUGUGAAUCAUAAUGGCGGGACCACGGAACGGCAAGAGUUGGUGAACGCACAGUAUGACCGGCUGCAAAGCCAGUUUGCUUUGUGGCAGCAGCAACUGGUACAGAACCAAGCAUUGCUCGCUCAGCACAAAAUCAUGCCAGAAGACCAGAACCAACAGCUGCAGCAGUUGCAAAUGCAGCUCCAGCUGCAGCAACAGAUGAUGGAGCAGCUGCAACAGAGCAUGCAGGCUCUGGCGAUGCAAGGCGCAACAGUCACACCUCCCCCUGCAGUGCAGACAGCACAAGCUGUUAACUCUGUACCACCUCCCCCACCAGUGGUUCCACAACCUCCAGCAGCACCCCCUGCUCCAAGAGCCCCGGUUGUGCCCAAAACAGAAGAAAAGACAAGCUCCAAGCCCAAGAACAAGAAGCGCUUUGAGAGGCAGUUGGAUCCUAGGGAAGAACUCAUGUUGGCAAUCAGACAAGCAUCUGGCAGAAACUGCUUAAAAAAGGUCACAGUUAAGGAAGCUAGGUGGACAAAUCGCUAUACAGCUGGUGAGCAGCAGUGAGACUCUCCUCCUGAAGUGAAGAGUGAACCAAGGGAGACUACCCAUGUUUGGAUUUAUUGCUACUGGAGACAAUUGACAGUGCCUUGAUUUUCUAUGAACUUGUACAUGUAUGUCCUGAAAUUAAGCAAAUUGUUUGGCGAAUGCUGGUACAUUGAGCUUGUUGUGAUAAUUGUGCAAAAGGUUUAUGUAGUUUGACAGCAUUGGAAACGUGCUGUAUGUGUGUGUGCACAUAACAGUACAUGGAUGUACCUGUACUUGGCAUCAGACACCGUGCAAUAUACAUGUAUGUGCAUGUAUUUAUCAGAAAGCAAGCCAAAAAUGUGAUAAUGUCAUUAUAAAGGUACAUGUAGCAUGAAGCAAGAUUUAUGACUAAAAAAUGUGAUACAUGUACCUGAAGGAAUGAUCAAGUAGGAUUCAUGCCCCAAAGUAUGAUACCUUGGAGAAAGCUAAAGUAGUAUUCAUGCCCCAAAGUGUGAUACAGUGGAGAAAGGUGAAGUAGGAUUCAUGCCCCAAAGUGUGAUACCUUGG